AUGGGGGAUUGGAACUUAUUGAGUGACAUCCUAGAGGAAGUUCACUCCUACUCAACCAUAGUAGGGAAAAUCUGGCUGACCAUCCUCUUCAUCUUCUGAAUGCUGGUACUUGGUGUGGCUGCUGAAGAUGUCUUGGAUGAUGAACAGUAAGCAUUUGCCUGCAACACCCAGCAACCAGGUUGCAACAAUAUCUGUUAUGAUGAUGCUUUCCCUAUCUCUUUGAUAAGAUUCUGUGUUUUACAGAUUAUCUUUGUGUCUUCUCCUUCUCUGGUGUAUAUGGGUCAUGCACUUUAUAGACUCAGAGGCUUUGAGAAAGAGAGGCAGAGGAAAGAGUCACACCUUAGAGCUAAGAUGGAGAAUCCAGAACUUUACCUGGAGUAGCAACAAAGGAUAAGCAGGGACUUGAGGAGGUUGGAGGAACAGAAGAGGAUCCAUAAAGUCCCUUUGAAAGGAUGUCUGCUAUGUACUUAUGUCUUACACAUUUUAGUCAGAUCUGUGCUAGAAGUAGGGUUUAUGAUAGGCCAAUAUUCUCUCUAUGGAUUUCAAAUGCAACCCCUUUACAAAUGCACCCAACCUCCUUGCCCCAAUGCAAUGGAUUGUUUUGUAUCUAGACCCACAGAGAAGACCAUUUUCACGCUCUUUAUGCACAGCAUUGCAGCCAUCUCCUUGUUAAUGAAUAUACUGGAAAUAUUUCACUUGGGUAUCAGGAAAAUUAUGAGGGCACUUUAUGAUAAAUCCAGCAGUGGGGACGUUGAGAAUGAAAGAGGUCAUCCAUUCCAUUUGAAGAAAUAUUCAGGGUCCCAGCAGUGUACAAUUUGCUCUUCCUUACCUGAAAAGACUUCUUUAAUUCAACCCAAUAACCAACAGCAGGUCACCGAAGCCAAUGUGCCAAAGUCUAAAACCACGUGGCAUAUCCCACAGUCCAGGCAACUUGAAGUUGAUUUUUCCUGUAUCAAAAAAUACUGUCCUGAGAAAGAUCAGCACCACGGACAGCUCCAUGACCGCAGCCCUCGCCUCCAGGACGACAGUGCCACGAUUCAGCACCAGGGACAGCACCCAAGUAAUCCCUCCUCUGGCCUACAGAGCACCAUGUCCCAGUCCUGCCUAGGUACAGUGAUGGGCUCUAGACAAUAUUCAUCCUACACAUUGGGAACCUGGGAGCAAUCCCAGGACCAGGCACCCUUGGGUGAACCUGUCACAGAUUUGCACCGUCACUGCAGAAACAGUGAUGGCAGUGUGAGAGAGAGUGGGGUCUAGAUAGAAAGAUCUCACCCAGGCAGUCACAAGGUCAGCUUUCUUUCCAGAUGGAUGUCUGAGCAGGGACAGCUGGACAGUGACUCAAGAAGCUCCAGUUCUCUGAAUAGCUCCUGCUUGGAUUUUCCACACCGGGAAAACAGCCCCUCCCCUCUGCCCUCAUCCACUGGGCACAGAACAUCGAUAGUAAGUAAAGACAGCCAGCCAUACAGAUCACAGAAUUAUCACAAAAGCUGA